AUGUAUUUACAACGUUUCUAUUUUGCAUUUAUUGCAUUACUCUUACUCUCUGGCGGAGCAUAUGCCAGAACAGUCAAACUCGACAAAUGCAGCAGCACAUGUAGAUUGGACUCAAUGUUGGCUUUGGUCGGCGGUGCACUCACCCGUGCCGACGAUGUAGUCAUCCAAGGAACUCAAAGCGCCAUUUAUAAUAUUGCACAACCAAUCACCUGUCGUGCCUUGUCCAUCGCCACUGGUACCGUCAAUCUCAACUCCAAUGUUAAUAUCCUCGGCGACCUCCGUGUCGACGCUGGAGCCAAGCUCGUCAUCAAUGGUGCUCUCUCUGCCACCGGUCUCAUCAAGGUCGAUGGUGAAUUAAUCGUCCUCGGUGGUAUCUCCUCGAUCGGAAACAUGGCCUGUGCCGGUAAGGUACUCGUCCAAGGUGGUACCCUCAACAUCAAUGGUUUGCUCUUUGCCGACACCUCUGCCUUGACUGUCGCCGGUGGUAUCGUCAAACACUCUGGAAACUGUGCCUACAACACCUUGCCAAUCGUCAAGGGAACCGGUCAAAUCUUUGUCAACACUGGUGCCAACAUUGACCUCAACAAGGGUAUCAAGUGUCUCGACCAAUCCAUCCUCAACCUCGCUGCCAACGCCAAGGUCAACCUCAACGCUGACUCGCAAUUCCUCACCCCAAUCAUCGUCAAUGCUGGUGCCAACGUUCUCGUCAACAAGGGUAAAUGCGACUUUACUGGUGGUAUCAAGGGUACUGCUGGUUCCAUCUUGACCAUCCUCAACGGUGCUGCCAACGUUGCCGGUGACCUCAACACCUGUCACAAGAUCGACCUCACUGGUGCCGGUUCACUCAAUGUCAACGCCGGUGCUCUCACCUGUGCCGACCUCAAGGCCAUCGCCACCUCCAAGAUCAACCUCUCUGGCAACGGUGCCCUCCUUCUCGACGCCAACGCCAACGUUGUCGGUAAGAUCAACCUUUCUGACCUCUCCAACAUCGUCGUAAAGGCCGAUUGUGAUGCCAAGAUCUUGGGUGGUAUGACCUGCUCUGGAAACUCUGUCGUCCAAGUCCUCGACAACGCCAAGCUCGACCUCGCCAAGGACUGUCACUUUGUCAACCCACUUACCAUCGGUUCGCAAUCCACCGUCACCCUCACCAACGGUAUCACCAACUGUGCCAAGGGUAUCAACUCCAAGCCAGACUCGACCUUUAUCAUUGACGACAAGGCCACCUGCAAUAUUGCCCACAACUCCAACGUCGGUGACAUCAAGGUCAACGCCAACGGUGCUCUCAACGUCAACGGAGGUAUCACCAACGUCAACGGUAUCUUCCACACUGCCGACAAGUCAACUGCCGCCAUUACCAACGCCAUCCUCAACUUAAAGAGCGACGCUGAAAUCAACAGCAAGUUGCUUGCCCUCGCCAACUCCAAGAUCUCCCUCGAAGGUCUUACCAACCUCAACGCCGGUAUCCAAGCCGACACCACUGCCAAGAUCGACAUUGCCAAGACCUGUAACAUCAAUGCCGCCUCUACCCUCAACUGUCACACCAACCUCAAUGCCAACGCCAUCCUCAACAUGAACGGUAACAAGGUCACCCACUCUUGCGGAAAGAUCACCACUGCCCCAACCUCUACCCUCAACCUCAACAAGGGUUGCAACCUCAACAUCGUCGGAGCUGCUGAUAUCAACGGUGCCACCAAGCUUUGCGAUGGUUCCAACAUUAAGAUCCAUGGUGUUGCCAAUAUUAACAGUGGUAUCCAAACCGUCGGAAAUAUCCAAUCUAUUGUCAAUGUUGCCAAGGCUGGUACUUGCAAGCUUGCAUCUGAUACCUCAAUCAACGGUAAGAUUUUGAUUGAUGCCGGAGGUAACCUCAUCGUCAACGGUAAAUGUGCUGUCAAUGACCUCCAAAACGCUGGAAAGGUUAUCGUCACCAAGCCAAUCACCAUCACUGGUGACAAGUUCAUCCACGCCAACGCUGAUGCCUCUAUUGAUUUGAACGGUGAUGGUAUGAUCUCUUGUAAGGAAAUCAACUUUGCCAAGGGUGCCCUCAACGGUGUCGGUAAGAUGGCCUGUACCAAGUGUACUUUUGGUAACAACAUCGAUGCCAACCUCAACGUCCAAGGUGAUGUCGUCAUCCAACCAACUGCCAACCUCAUUGCCCGUGUCCACGCCGAUGCCACCGGUGCCAUCCAAGCCGUCCCAGUCAUCAUUGCCUCUGGUGCUGCCAACAUUGCCGGUAACGUAAACAUCAUCUGUGACGCUGCCACCAAGAUUGCUGCUGGUCACGUCAUCAAGCUCGUCUCUGCCGCCAACGUCUCUGGUAACCUCAACGUCGUUGCCAACGCCAGUGCUGCUGCCAAUGCCAACAUUGCUGCCAAUGCCUGGAACAUGGUAUACCCCAAGUGUGCAUGUGAAUGUUACCUCCAAAAGAAUUCAAUAGACAAGACAAGACAAGAUAUGUCAGAUACUAACAACGAUAUAUAUCAUGAAGAUCAUUAUCAAUAUCAAUACAAUAAUAAUAGCAAUAGUUUAAAUACUGAUUCAAAUAAUAAUAAUAGUUAUAAUCCUUCAGACCAACAACAACAACAACAACAAUCAUAUAAUAAUCAUAACCAACAACCUCAACAACAACAAUACCAACCUCAACAAUAUAACAACAAUAAUAACAAUAGUUAUAAUGUAGAACAACCAUAUAAUAAUAACAAUAAUUAUAGAGGAAGAGGAGGAGGAGGAGGUUAUAAUAACUAUAAUAAUAAUAAUAGAAGAGAUUAUAAUAAUAAUGAUAAUAAUAGAAGAGAUUAUAACAAUGAUCAUAAUAAUAGAGGUGGUGGUGGAUAUAGAGGAGGAGGUAGAGGAGGAGGUAGAGGAAGAGGAGGUGGAGGUGGUAAUAAUAGAUAUAAUCCAUAUGGCAAUAACCAACAACAAAAUCAUCACCAACAUCAAUAUCAACAAAACAACAAUAAUGAACCAUAUGGUACAAUUAACAAAUCGAUAUCAGAACAUUAUGGACAAAGAACCAAUAUACCAUUACAUAUUAGAGAUCAAAGUCGUAUAUUGAAUAUGAAGAAUACAAAUAAUUGGGUCAAAUCUGUGAUGAUUCAAAAGUAUGUCAAUCGAGAUGACAGUGUAUUUGAUAUCUGUGGUGGUAAAUUAGGAGAUCUUCAAAAAUGGAUAAAGGCAUCAAUCUCUACUCUUUACAUUGCCGACGUUGCUUUGGAUUCUUUAAAGGAUGGAGUAGAACGUCACAAUGAAAGAAUCAAAAACAUUCAGUUCAACACCACCUUUAUCUGUUGUGAUUGUUUCUCUCCAAAACUACUUCAAGCUAUUCCUCCAACCGUCAAGUUUGAUCUUGUCAGCUGUCAAUUUGCCAUUCAUUAUUCUUUCCGUUCAGAGGAGAGUGUACGUAAUUUCCUUCAAAAUGUUUCCUCUGUCUUGAAAGAUGGUGGUUAUUUUAUUGGUAAUUUCCCAGACUCUCAAUAUAUAGUUGAAAAAUGUAAAGAAAACAAUUCAAACAAAUUUGGAAAUUCAGUAUUUAAUAUUAAAUUUAAAGAGGAUGAACCAAAGUUUGAAGAAUUUGGGUGCGCAUACCAAUUCUUUUUAGAGGAUGCCAUUGAUGGCUUGGAUGAAUAUUUGGUCGAUCCAACGGUAUUGUCGAGAGUUGCCAAGGAAUACGAUUUGGAGAUGGUACAGGAUGAAGAUUUCCAUACUUUUAUUGAAAGAGAAAGAGAUGCCUCUGACGGUAACAAAUCUCUUUACCAUAAAAUGCAUUGUCUCAAUGAUCAAGGUACCAUUUCCAAAGAGGAAUGGGAAGCAUUAAGAAUUUACAGAGUUUUUGCUUUCAAAAAACUUAAAAAAGAACAACAACAAGAUGAUCAAACUUCAACAUCGACAAAUAAUGAUAAUAAUAAUAAUAAUAAUGAUAAUGGUGAUGGCGAUGAUAAAAAAGAUAAUCAAAAUAAUAAUAAUAAUUAUCAAAAUAGAAGAAAUAGAAAUAGAAUUCCAUUUAUCAACAUCAACGAUAUAAUAAUAAUAAAUUAA